AUGAUGUUUCAUUCCAAACCCAUUUUCUCCUUCAUCUUCAUCUUAUUCAUUUCUAUUUCCUUUGCUUCUAAAGCCACACCAAAUCAUGAAGAACAACAAUCCCUCACUUACCUAUGGCCACUUCCUUCAAAUUUCACUUCAGGAAAUUACUCUCUCUCCGUUGACCCUUCACUUACUCACUCUGUGAUAGGAAAUGGCGGUGUUGCUUACUCUCCACUUCUUGAUUCUGCUUUUGAGAGAUACAGAAGCAUCAUUUUCAAGCAUGCUGGGUUUGGAUUUGGUAGAAAGUUGAGGGCGAGUUUUAGUGUGGUUCCUUAUGAUAUUACUACAUUGAAUAUCGUUUUACAUUCAGAUAAUGAGGAGCUUCAACUUGGUGUUGAUGAAAGCUAUACUUUGCUAGUUUCCAAAGGCAAUGAAUCUUAUGUUGGUGGAGAAGCCACCAUUGAGGCAAAUACCGCUUAUGGUGCAUUGCGUGGAUUGGAGACAUUUAGCCAGCUGUGUUCUUUCGAUUAUACAACUAAAACAGUACAAAUCCACAAGGCGCCUUGGUCCAUCCAAGAUAAACCUAGAUUUGCAUACCGUGGUCUUAUGUUGGAUACAUCGAGGCACUAUUUACCAAUUAGCAUAAUUAAGCAAGUUAUCGAAUCUAUGUCCUAUGCCAAACUUAAUGUUCUGCAUUGGCACAUCAUAGACGAAGAGUCAUUUCCGCUCGAGAUACCUACAUAUCCAAAUUUAUGGAAAGGUUCGUAUACAAAGUGGGAACGUUACACAGUAGAAGAUGCAUAUGAAAUUGUGAACUUUGCCCAAAUGAGAGGUAUAAAUGUGAUGGCAGAAAUCGACGUCCCUGGGCAUGCAGAAUCAUGGGGUGCUGGGUAUCCUGAUCUUUGGCCGUCGCCGUCUUGUAAGGAGCCACUAGAUGUUUCGAAGACAUUUACUUUUGAUGUCAUUUCUGGUAUUCUGUCAGAUAUGAGAAAGAUUUUCCCGUUCGAGCUAUUUCACUUGGGUGGCGAUGAAGUUCAUACAGAUUGUUGGAGCAAUACUCCCCAUGUAAAGGAAUGGCUUCAGAAACAUAACAUGACCACUAAAGAUGCCUAUGAAUACUUUGUACUGAAGGCCCAAGACAUAGCCAUUUCAAAAAAUUGGAUUCCAGUGAACUGGGAAGAAACCUUCAAUACAUUUCCAUCAAAGCUUCAUCCCCAAACAGUAGUGCAUAACUGGCUGGUCUCUGGUGUUUGCGCAAAGGCUGUUGCAAAAGGUUUCAGAUGCAUUUUCAGUAACCAAGGUUUCUGGUAUCUUGACCAUCUAGACGUACCUUGGAACGAGGUCUAUAAUACCGAGCCGUUAGAAGGUAUACACAAAGAAUCAGAACAAAAGCUUGUACUUGGAGGAGAAGUUUGUAUGUGGGGUGAGACUGCUGAUGCAUCUGAUGUUCAGCAAACAAUUUGGCCUCGAGCUGCCGCAGCUGCAGAACGCAUGUGGAGUCCGAGAGAUUCUACUCCUGCAAAAAAUCUUAACUUCACGGUAUUGCCGCGGUUGCAACAUUUCCGAUGUCUAUUAAAUAGACGAGGCGUGGCCGCAUCUCCUGUCACAAACUUUUAUGCUAGAAGGGCACCUGAUGGUGCAGGCUCAUGCUAUGAUCAAUAA